AGUCCCUAUAUACUCUUUCCUCCUUCACUCCAUUCGCCCUCUCUCUCGCGAUCUCCAUCUCCAUCGAAGCAGACGAGACGGAGCUGGGAGUUUGCUUCUGCUCUGCAAUUCCUGUCGGGGGAAUCGCGAGAUGAGCCAGGCGGCGAUUCCGAGGCCCGACUUGACUCACCACCGCCUCCACGAGUUCGCCCGGAACGCCCUCAUCAAGAUCUUCGUCCAUCCCUACGCCACGGUGUGCGAGCUGUAUUGCGGAGGUGGGCUCGAGGCGGAGAGGUGGGAAGAGGCUCAGAUCGGUCACUACAUCGGAAUCGAUGUCACUUCGUCUGGAAUAAGCGAAAAGAGAGAAGCUUGGGAGAGCUUGAGGAAAGCUUACACGACGGACUUCUACGAGCUCGACCCUUGCACGGAAGAUUUGGAAGCGCAUUUGCAAGAGAAGAUGAACCAAGCAGAUUUGGUUUGCUGCUUGCAGCACUUGCAGCUAUGUUUCGAGAGCGAGGACAAAGUGAGGAAACUGUUGCAUAAUGUAUCGUCUCUGCUAAAGCCGGGGGGUUAUUUUUUCGGUAUUACUCCUGACUCAUCCACCAUAUGGGCAAAAUAUCAGAAGAAUGUUGAAGCAUACCACAACAGAAGUGGUAGUAUGAAGCCUGGCAUUGUUCCUAAUUGCAUUCGGUCUGAGAGCUACAUGAUCACCUUUGAAGGAGAGGAAGAGAAGUUUCCAUCAUUUGGGAAAAGGUACCAGCUUAAACUAGCUGGUGAUAUGCCUGCUGAAACCCAUUGCUUGGUUCACUUUCCAAGCUUGAUCAGAUUGGCUAGGGAAGCUGGUCUGGAGUAUGUGGAGAUUCAAAACCUGACAGAGUUUUAUGAUGAUAACAAAGCAAUCUUUGCAGGGAUGUUAAUGGGUUAUGGUGCAAGCGUUGUGGAUCCUAGAGGAAGGCUUCUACCUCGCUCCUACGAUGUGCUAGGUUUAUACACUAUGUUUAUCUUUCAGAAGCCUGACCCGGAUGCUGCGCCCCCACUUACAACCCCCUUAUUGGUGGAAAGUAAUCACCAUGAAGAGGAGAGAGAGUGGACCGAAUGGACCGACUGGAGAGAGGAAGAAACCAUUGUUUCUUCAGAGCCACCUGCUGGACUCGGCAAGAUAACGGAACAGAAAGGAAUAUUAGGUCCAGGCCCUGCAGAGUUACGUUUCCCGGAAGCACUUUAACCUUUAACCCACUUUAACCUGAUGAACUGUGGAGGGAUGUUCAGAGUAGGCGCUUGUAGAUAAAAGUAUUUUGUCAUGUACCCUUCAUGCGUUUGAUUGCUAGUUAGACUUCUAUCCGAUUGCUCAGCGCUUGUGCAAGACAAAACACAUCUCAGUGAUCCAAAGGAGAGAGAAGUAUUUAGGGCCAGUUCGUUUUGUGGAGACGUUCUUGGAAAAUGUUUUUUCAAGAAGUCAUUUUUUAGGGAAA